AUGGAAGAACUCCAGGAAAAGGUUCGCCUUUUGACAGAACAACUCCAAGUAGCAAAUGAUGCUAAUGCAGCUUUCGUUGCCAAUGCAGUUCAAAAUGAAAAUGCAGUUCAACAAAAUCUAGGAGAUGUAAACAAUCAACAAGUAAAUGCGGACGUUCAUGUUGACGCGGUUUACAAUCGCCGAAUUAGAGUCCCUAAAUUUUACCAGAAUAAUCCUGUCAUUUGGUUUAAUGUUGUCGAGGCUGUUUUCCGAAAUAACAAUAUUCGUUCCGAAAAGUCUCGGGCUGACACUGUGAUUGCUGAACUCGAUGCGGAUGUUGCAUUAUCUAUCGCCGAUUUGUUAGCAUUAGAAACCGUUCCUGCUGAUAUUUACCAACGCAUUAAGAGUAGGCUUAUUUCAACUUACUCAGCUUCUUCUGAAGCACAACUUAGGAAGUUGCUUAAGGGCGAAGUAUUAAACUCUGGUAAACCAUCGCAUAUGUUGUCUCGUUUACGCAAUUUAAGCGGGGGCAAGUGUUCCGACGAUAUUCUCAAGACAAUUUUUCUCGAUCAAUUGCCAUCUCAAUAUCGGGCAAUUUUAGCAUCUUUACCAUUCGAUUCCCUAGAUAACUUGGCUUUGUCAGCUGACAAAAUAGCCGAUGCAACCGACUCUUUGAGCAAUCAUGUAGCUUCAAUUGAUCCAACACCUACCGAUACUAAAGGUUUCGAAGCGAAAUUGGAUCAGAUUACCGCGGAAAUCGCAUCGAUAAAGUCGAAAUUUGAAAAUUCGGAAAAUAAUAAUCAUCGCUAUUCGCAGCGUUCAAGGUCAAGAUCUCGUCGCAACAAUUCUCGUAGCCAUUCUCGAGGUAAUUCGUUUAAUCGAGAGAAAUCAGGUCUAUGCUGGUACCAUAAAAAAUUUAAAAAGUCGGCGAAGGCAUGCGUUGAACCUUGUAGUUGGGUAAACAAAGUCGAAAAAAAAUCGGAAAACUAA